GCAGUGUGAGGGUCUGCGAGGGUAUCUAGCGCUACAGUUUCCGAGUCGAAAAGUUCUUGUGCAACACGGAUUUCGUUAAUAAGGUGUGGUAGUAAUGGCAGAAUCAAAGUCGGAGAAAGGCAGUUUUGGAAGCGACCUGUGCACACUGCUGGAAUCUGGCAAAGGUGCAGAUGUGACUCUCGUGGUGGGCGACUCUCACUUGCCAGCCCACAGUGUCAUUCUGGCAGCGAGGAGUCCCGUCUUUGAUGCCAUGUUGCGGAACAACACGCUAGAAGCUACUAGUCGCCUUAUCAAAAUCACUGACGUGCAGGAGGCUGUGUUGCAGCAGAUGCUAUUGUUCGUCUAUACGGACACAGUUCCGGAACUGGAAAGAUUUGCAGCGCAACUGUUGGCAGCCGCCGACAAGUACGACUUGCCCCUACUUAAACGGCGGUGCGAGUCGCGAAUGGCGCUGGACUUGAGCGUAGAAAAUGCUGCAACUACUGCGUUGGUGGCCACCCUGCACCACUGCCCAGAGUUGAGGAGCGCCGCUGUGGAGUUCAUAGCGCGACGCCCCGAGGUGAUGGCCGGCAGCGACUGGGCGCAACUGCUGCGGGAGAAUGCAGAGGCUGCAGCAGACAUCUCCAGUCUGGUGGCGGUGGCAUUGCCACGGCCACCAUUCACAGAGACAUCGGGAUACAGCAAUAUGCCAGACAGGAUCAAGCAGAAGAUGGUGGCCAGACUUAUGGAGGCCGCUCGCAGUGGGAGGGCACGAGAAGCGUGGGCGCUGCUGCUCGCCGGAGUGCCAAAGGACGCCCGAGACGGCACAGGAAACACGGCGCUGCACCUGGCGGCCGACGGAGGGCACGCCACCACUGUGAAGCAGCUGCUCGAUGGGGGACUGGAUGCCAACAGUGUCGACUCGAAUAGGAGGACGCCCCUACACCUGGCAGCUCAGAGAGGGAACACUGAUAUAAUAUGGAUGCUGGUGAGAGCGUCAGCACCAGUAGACGCUCAGGAUGCCACGGGGCAGACUGCACUCCACGUGGCUGCGGGUGUGUACACUGGUGCAAAUAAUGAUAGAGUACACGUAGUGAAUACACUGCUCCUGGCGGGUGCGACAAAAGAUAUAACUGACGUAAAUAAGCGGAAACCUAAGGACUUGGCAACCGUAUCAACAAAAACAGCCUUCAGCACUGCUUCCAGUCCUUACAUUGACUUGUAAUAAAAAGUUUUACUUUAUUGUUUUACUGUAUACACUACAUAUUUAGCUAAAACAGUUAAGAUUCCAACUAACUUUGAUCAGGUACAAUGAUCUAGAUGUCAUCGUGCAGGCAGUCAAGUUCGUUUUAGUGUCUAAUCCUCUCAACAAUAAACCAACUCGGCACACUACUUCUACUUAAACAUCUACUUAAACAACAUAUAUCUUCAGAUCCAGAUGUAAAAGGAAUAUGAGAUCAUAUAAGUGCGAACUUUUUGAGGAAGUGUCAGCUGAACAUCACACAAGACUUCAUCCACAGACAAUCGUAGCUUUAUUUUGGAACCCUUAAAUAAUGCACACAUUGCUUUAGUCAUAGAACUGUGUAGUAUUUUUGUUAAA